GCAGGGGGAGUCGAGUGGGCGAGCAGGGUUAGUACCGCGGUAGCGGCGGCGGCAGCAGCAGGUGCUGCGGCCGGGCGGUUAUUACCUUUACCUCUGGGAGAGGAGGAGACGGAGGCGGGCGAUGGGUCAGGGGGUUGGGCUUGCAGGUUGAGAGCAAAGCCGAGGCACUGGAAGAAAGGACGAGAGUGAGGCGAGGCGCCGCGAAGCCUUCUCACCCCACCCACCCCCUUCCCGAAAAAGGGAAGCCUUCGCUUUGGAAAGCUGAGGCGACCUACAGCCGUAGGCGAGGGCGGAAAAGGCGCCGCCGCGCAGUGGAUCCAGCUUCGGUUGGGAGCAGCGAAUGCAGCUCCUUUCUAUGUUCCCAGGCAAGGGGGAAUCGUCCCCCGGCCGAGCCUGAUGUGCGGCAAUCGGGGCUGGCGAGAGACCGCGAGGAGCCGGUCGGUGGAUCCUUUCGCUACGCCCCUGAGCUGCAGCCGCAGUGACCAGAAAGGGACCUGUUAGCUCCGAUCACCCUUGGCUCCAGUUGGGUCUGGGCCACCCGGCUUCCCGCAGUCUUGGUGGCCGCGGGGGUCGGGGAGGGAGGAGGACAGCAGCAGCGAAGACGCACGAAGGUUUUAAGGGGAGGGAAGAAAGGAAGGCUGGGAGCGGCGCCGGCGAAUGGGCGCGCCUUGAAGCGCGGGGAGGCAAAGGCGUGAGAUCACCACCGUCUCCGAGUGUAUAAAUAUACACGUGUGUGCUGGAGAAUCCUGCAAGGAAAACCUGCUCCGAUUCGUUGCUGGAUCGCGACAGGUUUGCAAACCCUUGGAUCGCGGCAGCAAAGACGACAGCCGUUGCCGGUACGCACCGUACGCCGCCGCCACCCUCAGCCUCCUCUAUGUGAGCUUCUCCGGCUGCCAACACCUCCUCCUGCCGGAUGGCGAUAGACCGGCGACGCGAGGAGGGCGGUGGAGGAGGGCGGCAACUGACAGAGGAAAACGGCUCUUUGCCUGCCGGGAGGGCGGACCCUGCGGCUGGAGCUACAGCCGCACCUCCUGCGGGGGGUCUGGCCGCGGAGAUCCAGAGCCUGCCUCCUCUUGCGCCGCCCCCUCCUCCUUCCGGGUCCUGCAGCCCCCUGCUCUUGGAUUACGAUGGCUCCGUGCUGCCUCUCCUUGGGGGUCUGGGCGGCGGGCACCAAAAAACCCUCAUCCUUCUCACCUGGAUCCCGGCACUCUUCAUUGGCUUCAGCCAGUUCUCGGACAGCUUCCUCUUGGUCCAGCCUAUUUCUUGGUGCAAGGGCACGGAUGGGCAGGGUAACUGGACAGGGCACCCCCAUCUGCCUGCUAGGGGCCUUGCUACUAGCCCCAGCUACAAUCAGAGCAGCGGCAGCUAUAGCAGAGGGAUAGUGGCAGCCCCAGAACUGCCCACUUCAGAGGAGAAGAACGACAGUUAUUGCCAGUGUAGCGAGAGGUAUCACCGGAUCUCGGCUGGCCUUCGACAGAAUAUAGUGAGCAAGUGGGAUCUUGUUUGUGAGUCUUCCUGGAAAGUCCACAUCGCAAAAUUCUCUCUGCUUGUAGGAUUAAUUUUUGGUUACCUAAUAACAGGAUGUAUAGCUGACUGGUUUGGUCGUCGGCCAGUGCUGCUCUUCUCUGUUCUAUUCAUUCUGAUAUUUGGACUGACUGUGGCCCUGUCAGUGAAUGUGACGAUGUUCAGCACACUCAGGUUUUUUGAAGGGUUUUGCCUGGCUGGAAUAAUCCUUUCGUUGUACGCACUGCGAAUAGAACUCUGUCCUCCUGGUCACCGUUUCAUGAUAACGAUGGUGGCAAGUUUUGUAGCGAUGGCAGGGCAGAUCCUCCUGCCAGGUUUGGCUGUCCUCUGCCGGGACUGGCAAGUUCUCCAAGCUGUCAUCAUCUGCCCUUUCCUGCUGAUGUUGUUGUACUGGCUUGUUUUCCCAGAAUCGCUUCGGUGGCUGAUGGCCACCCAACAGUUUGAAGCUGCAAAGAAGCUCAUUCUUCGCAUGACUCACAGGAACAGGACGAGCACAGAAUGUGAUGUCAAAGGAGUGAUGCCUGGCCACAAGUGGUUCCCCAUAGCAGUGCCAGGAAGUGAGGAAAAAGACAGCCCGUCACGGAGCUCUAAUGGCUUUACUAUCAGGGAUUUCCAGAUGGGAAAUGAGGGAAGCAGCCAGGCUGGAGAAUUAGAGAGAGAACUUUCCAGGAGGCCGAAAAAGGUUUGCAUUGUUAAAGUGGUGGGAACCAGGAACCUGUGGAAAAACAUAGUUGUGCUGUGUGUGAAUUCGUUGACUGGCUAUGGGAUACACCACUGCUUUGCAAAGAGUAUGAUGGGUCAUGAAGAUAAGAUGUCACUCACCAACAAUUUUUAUGCGGACUAUUAUACCAUGGCAGGAAUUACACUUGUGUCCUGUCUAGCCAUGUGCCCAGUUGUUGGAUUUCUUGGGCGAAGAGGAGGACUGCUGCUCUUCAUGAUCCUCACUGCACUGGCUUCACUUUUACAGCUAGGCCUUUUGAACUUGAUAGGAAAAUACAGUCAACUUCCAGACUCAGGUAUGAGUGACACCAUUAAGGACAAAUUCUCUACUGCAUUUUCCAUCGUGGGUAUGUUUUCAUCACACGCAGUUGGAAGUCUCAGUGUUUUCUUCUGUGCAGAAAUCACACCAACAGUAAUAAGGGGAGGUGGACUUGGCCUUGUCCAGGCUAGUGCCGGCUUUGGUAUGCUGACGGCACCCAUCAUGGAGCUCCACAACCAGAAAGGCUACUUCCUCCACCAUGUGAUCUUUGCCUGCUGCACCCUCAUUUGCAUCAUCUGUAUCCUCCUCUUGCCUGAGAGUAAAAACCAGAGCCUGCCGGAGAACAUUACAGAUGGUGAACAUUACACCCGGCAGCCUCUCCUGCCACACAAGAAGGGGGAGCAGCCCUUGCUGCUGACAAACUCCGAACUCAAGGAUUACUCUGGCCUGCACGAUUCAGCAGGCGUGAACGAUGGGGUGACUGAGAGCGUCACUGCCAAUGGGAUGAAGGUUAUGUAGUGGGCUGGGGGAGAAGCACUUAGGUGUGGCAGAGCUUUCCACACAACAUUUACAGACCCGUGAAUCUGAAGGGACAGAUACACAGGGGAAUUGGACUCUACUGCUAAAACCACUUCUUGUAGGAAUCUGAUUGGGGUGCAUAUUGCUUUGGAACCAGUUAUGAGGGGAAAUGCAUUUUCAAAGCAAUCUGGCUGGAGAUAAUCACCCAUCAGAACUUUUCUUUUUGUCCAGCCAUGAAAGGUUUCUAUUUAUUUUCAUGAUUUUUUUCCCCAUGAAGCACUUUAUUCCCUUUUCUUCUUUGUUGACUACAAACAUGAAGCUGCAUUGUUCUCAAUAAGAGCAGCCAUUCCAAGAAAGAAAUCAUGGGAUUCAUUUUGCUUUUUAUCGUCUCUUGUGUUUUUGUUGGAGAAAUGAAGUAUCUUCUUGCUGUGAUGAUGCAUUCAUGGACUACUGACAUUUUAGGUUCAACAAAUUUUCUGUCUCGCCAGAUAAUCCAGUCCCCCCCCCCGCUGCCCAGGUUUACCUACUGUAUAAGUGUGUGUACAAAGCUCUCACUUAAAAUUCCAACUCCAUUCUAGGCAGCAGAAAUAAAAGUUUGGUUAGUGAGCUGUAGUGUGUUUUUAAAAGCUGUUUUCUAAACUUAAAAGUAGAGGAGUCCACGUAUUAGUUGCAGUUCCAAACAAAUCACUGCACAAACAAGCUAAGGUUUUUCCAAUGGUGAUCAGCUGUGUGGAUUUAAAAACAGAAAUAUAUCUCUUUAUAGAGAAUUCUUACAAGCUUUUAUUAAUGACAGCGAUAAGCAAUUUCAAAGUGCAUUACUCUAGGUAAAGCCUUGUUUACCACUGAGUAGUUUUAAACUAACAGGUCUAGGAACUAUAAGGUAGUGUUUUUCUAGGAGAAUGUUUCCAAUUUGGGAAGGGGAAAAGAUGGCCAGAAGGGUUUAAGAGUUGAACAUGCUUGGUCCAGGAGCAACUAGACUAUCUGCUCCUGACUGUUUUCUGACUGUCACAACAUAGGUUCAGCCACGAGCCCUUCCUGUUCCUCAAAGACUGUUUCAUUCUAAUGAAUGAAAAUGAGUGAUACGUCAUAAAUGAACUGACAUGAUAGGUUAAAGCUUAAGAUUAGGAAGAGGAGUGGAGCAGAUGGGGAAUAAUCAAAGAGCAGGCUCUUUGGAAGUUUAAUUAAGGCCAGAGUGUUCUCCGUAUGAGAUUUGUAAUAGUUUUUCAAGAAUAGGUUUGCAUAUUGUCAGCUGGUUGCCAUUUUCUAAUGAGAAACUUAUGGGAAAUGGCCACCGUUAAGUGCACCAAAAUAAAAUCCCAAGUGCUCUUGUAGGAUUUCUCAUCCCCCCUCCCCCAAAGAAAUACAUAGGCCCCAUAGGUUGAAAAUAGACACAUACCUUUUUCCUAAAUGCACUUGGAAGCAACUUACACUGCAAUUCAACCGGGCUUGUUUCUGCAUAAAAUGUGUUUGUUUAGGAUCAGGUAUUAAUGAAGCCACCCCCCCCCCAAAAAAACCCUUCCUCCAAAAGCUAGCAAGAAUUUGUGCUGGCAAUUUAAAUGGUCUUAAUGCAGGCAAAUGUUGGCUACUUAAGCCUUGUUUCCGCAAGAGCCUUACAGAACUAGCUUUGUGCAAGGACGUUCUGACAUUGUGGCUCUUGUGCAUAUAGUUAACUGUCCCACUUCUUUCCCUUCCACUUGGACCAUGCAUUUGUGACUGCCCAGUGGUACAGCCAUUUAAAUGAAUGCAGCAGCCAGAUGUGUGGUGACGUGUGAAGCCAUUGUUUGACUGUCACUUUGUUUGAUGUAUAUCUUGCAUUUGUGGGGAAAGGGCUCAUUUUUUGUGCUUUCCUCCCUGGCGUGACCCUUCUUUGUGCUAUAUAUUGUCUAUUAACUUACUUGUGUUCCUUCUUUCUUCCUCUGUCAGACUCCUUUUUGCAUUCCUGUGACCUGCACUAAGCCAACAAGGCUGCUUGUCAUAUAACCAGUUGUGCAGCCUCCAGUGCUGGCUUUUUGCUGGGAGAGCAAAAUGGACCUGAAGAAGAGACAAGAAUUUAUGUACUUGAGAAGAAAAAUGAUGUUGUUGUAAAGCUGGUAACUUUCGUACAGAAGAUGAGACACUUGGAGAAAUCUUUCUCAAACCCUGUUAAGAAAAAGAAACAACACUGGAUUGUUCAGUGAUAUAUAUUCCCCCUGAAGUGCCACUGCUGUGUCCACCUCAGUGGAACUUGUUAAAAAACUUCAAGCCCCGUCUUUCUUACACUCUCAAAUAAACUGUAUGGCUUCAACAACAAAAUGGCCGCCACUUCUCUCCAUUCUUCAUGCCCAGACUAUUACAACAUUACAUUGAAAAAUAAGGCCUUUUUAAUUGUGCAGUGUUCACGUGCCAAAUUUGUGUAAUGCCUUUUAUAUAAUGCUUCGAGCGACAUUAUCAGGAACAUACUAGUGUUUCUAGUAAAAUCUAUGAAUUAUAAAUUUGAUAUUUGUUUUUAAACAAGAGUAGAGGCCUGAAAAGCAUUGGAGAAAGAGAAUAUGAGAGAGAAGAGAAUUGGUUGUGGACAUGCAAAAGCUCCAGGCCAACACACAGCACUUUUGCAAUCCUUGUGGUACAGAACAGAUUUUUUCCCUGUCUCUUUGCAUAUAAUCUUAGAAUAGCGUACAAAUCAUGUUGACCACUUGUCAGCCUGUGAAGUUCAUUGUAUUUUAAUAUCAUUCAAGUUCCUGUUGUGCUCAUUUCUUUCACCUGCUGUGCUUUCUACUUUCCUUUUCUGAUGUGAUGCUCUUUAACUUUACAAAAAAGCAAAAGAGUGUGUCGCAAUGUAUUUAAAGGCCUAUAUAAGGUGAAGGGAGCAGUUGGUAAUUUUUUUAACAAAAUAUCUUUUUUAUAUAUGUAAAUUUAAACUUUUGCUUCCCCCCCUUUCAUUUUUGUUGGAAGACUGACUUUUGGAAUCUGUACUUUAGUUUGUUCCCAGCUUAUCUUACAGUUUGUUUGAUAGUUCAAAGAUCUCCAAUAAUUUCCAUUGCAAUAGUACUGAAGAUAUUUUAAAAAUUAUUUCAGUACUUGUCUUGAUACCUCAUGGUUCAUAACUGAUUCAAGUUUCAAUGGACAAGACUAGUACUAAAUUGUCAACCCUAGCAAAGACUACUACUGAAUCUGCUCUACUGCAGUCCUGCAUAACUUGUGAAGAGUACUUGCUGAUACCUCCACAAUGCAUAUCAGAACACAGCCCAGAAGCUUAAUAGGUUGCAAGUUGUUAACAGCCUACUAUAAUGUUGUGAUGUUGACUUCUUUGUAUGAACAAGGAGUUUCUGGACUGUCAAAUUCAUUCAAAGUAACUUUUGUGGUAAUUAAGACAGGCCUGAACUGUGUAUCACAACUUGUCAGUCAUUUGAUUAGGCCUUCUGUUGGCCUCAGUAUGCAACAAGCACACUACCAGAGGGCUGGAAGCUUGAAAAGUGUUUGGGAAACGCUGAACUUGUUUGCAUUUCACUUUGUAGAGUUUUUUCUAAGGCUCUGCAAUAGUGUACAAGCAAAAUGGGGUGUGGUGGUGAGGAUGGAUACAUACAAUGUUUUGUGAAAGGUUGUAGGUAUGAUAAGGGCAUCAUUGGCCAUGGUGUACAAAUUCAUCCUAUUAUGGUCUCUGAUAAACAAGUUUUGUCGUUUCUUUGAAAUCCUUCAAAGAUGGUCAAAAUUCUGUUUGAGAUGAAAAGAAAUGACUCUACAUCCCAAACAAGAAUCCAGUUAUACCAUCUUCAUCUCUGCUUAAAAACAGUUGUCUAUCUCCAGCCUGAAUUCCGCAAAACCUGAUUGGUUCUCCUUUUCUUUAGCAGAAAAGGGUUUUUCAAAGAUCACCCAAACACAAUGAGAGACGGGGCUAGAUCAUACAAUGGUAUAUUUUUAGUGGUAAUGUUCAUUGUUUGUUGUUCAUGACUGCAUGAAGGUAGCUUUUUAAACACCCUAUUAAAAGUAAUAAUCUGACAUUGACCAAAUACAUAGUGCCAUGAUUUUCCCUGCUGGUAAAUAAGGGGCAGGUUUAAUGGGAAAAUGAGGACCAUUGUCACUACAACCUCAGUCUGUAGCAGCCAUGAUUUUCUGUCAUCUAUACUGACUUCUAGCCAUGACAGACUGCAGCAAAGGUGUUGUGUGCAUGCUAACAUCUUCUGCUCAGGUCAGCUUCUGAUACAGUAGGGCCCCGCUUUACGGCGUUCCGCUUUAAGGCGUUCCGCUGAUGCGGCGGCUUUCGUUUUUAAUUUUAAAGCUAUUUUUUUCUCUUUCGCGUCAUUUUGCGCCGUUUUCGCGCGAUGUGGCCCAUUAAAGUCAAUGGGGUUCCGCUUUACGGCGUUUUCCGCUUUACGGCGGGGGUCCAGAACGGAACCCGCCGUAUAAGCGGGGCCCUACUGUAUUCCUCUACAAGCCAUACUCGGCGUGUGUCGGUGGUGUGCCAAAAGCCGAUUCAGCUUAUGGCAGUGCAAUUGCAAGACCAGCUUUUGCACAUGGGCUGGCUGAAGACUGUGGCUGUUGCAGGUGGAGGAUUGAUAUCCCUUGAUCGCCAGGUGAUUCAGGAUGGGUGCAUAACAUUUGGUAGGCUUCAUAAAAACCUAUGGAGUAGUGAUCAAAAAUCAACCAGUCUUUCCUGUUCAGGAAAAUAAGGUAGUUGCCAAGCCUGAAGAUAAGAUAUCUAAGCCCCACCAACUGGAACAAGGCCUCAAGUUCAUCCUAACAAACAGGGCCAGUUCUAAAGUGCAGCCAGGUGGGGCACUGGCUUGAGGGCCCCUGGAGCUACAGGGUAACAGGGGGUCCUCAGCGGCCCCUCUGCUCCCCUUCCACGAUCUGUGCCCCCACACACACCCUACUUACCUGUCUCCUGCCUUUUAGUAUUGUCCUUAAUGAAGAUGGUGGCCGCGGUUUCCCUAAAGUACUGAAGCCCCUGCAGCCAUCUUAGUUGAUGGCAGAGAUGCACACGCAUAGCACACACGUGUGCCAUCAACAUAGAUGGAAGCAGAGACUUCAUCCCCUUAGGGAAACCACAGCCGCCAUCUUGGUUAAUGGCAAUAGUAAAAAACAGGAGACAGGUAGGUGGGGGUGUAGGGGGAACGCGCAAACAUUGAAUGCGCACACACGCCGGGGCCCAGGGCAAGCUGAUGCCCAAGGGCCCCGGCAUGCCUGGAGCCGGCCCUGCCAACAAAGCGCUGGAAAUGUACUGUCCACUUUGACCUUUUUUUCCUUUCAAUGAGCUUAGAUCAGCCGCUUUUGUCUGGCUUUUUCUUUUCUAAUUUAGAAUUGAAUUUUUUUUAUUGGAAACCAUUUUUAACAGCAUUAAAGUCAGGCUUGAAUGUUUAAAAAUGUUUUCUAUAACAAUUUUAUCUUAACAAAACACUAUAAAGAUAGGGUAGAAAACCAUUUUAUUGAUGAUCACAGAAACAAGUUCUUAUAUAGGGAGGGAUACGAGUUAUUGGCUAAGUUAUUAUUAAUUGGAAGUGUUUCAUUUAUGCUGCCAGUUCCUAAAGCCAAAUGAAAGGGGGAAAAAAUCACCAAACUCAGAAGUGCCAUUAAAAUGAACUGUGAAUGUAAUAUCAAGUUGCAACUGUAGCUGGGACAGAAAGACACCAAUUAAGUGUGGCAGAUCUUCCACACUAAAAAAAAGUAAACAAAACCUCAUUUUUAAAUGUAUUGUGUGAAAACAUUUUUUGGGAAUGUAGUGUGCUAUGUCUGUAGUGGGUGAGAUUUCCCCUCAGUUUGAUGAAGUUCUGUUGACUAAUCGUUGUUAUUCUAUGGUUUUUUUUAAAAAACUCUUAAGUAGUUUGGUGCUUCUUCAUAGCACAAGCUUAAAAAUCAACUACUGAAGAACAGUCUUAAAAGCUAAAUGUCUGCAUGAUGUUACAUCCACUGUACCUACUGAACAACUUUGUAUGUCAAUGUACAGGAAUAAAGACAUUGCCCCAUUAGAACCUCA